UGGUUGGAGGGUUUGGAGCAUCUGUGCAAGCCAGGCCAGGCGCUGGGCUCCAAGAUGCCCCUGUGCCUUCUGCUCUCUGACCAUCGCCCUCUCAGUAAUUUUCCAGUUUGUGAUAGAGGAACAAAGGGGUGUCCAGGGGAUUCAACCUCUAACCCAGCAUCGUGGCAGUUGGCUCCAGGCCAGGCAUUGGGGGCCCAAGGGCUGGAUGGGUGAGGGGCCAGGGUUAGGAAAGGAACAGGGCGUCCUUUGGUUGGGACAGGAGCUUUGAGGACAGGUCCCUCAUUCCUGAACACACCUGCUGGGGCAUUGAGGGGUCCUGAGUGCCAUCAGCAUUGCUGACAACACCCCUUCCCCAAAGUGAGAAGAGCCUGGCUCUCUGGAGGUUGGAAAGAGGUAUCACCCCACCCUACCGCCCUCCCUUCACCCCACUGUCCCAGUCGUGCUCACGUCCACAGGCACACACGUGCCCAGAUACAGCGUCUUUCCAAACCGUUACCUUCCCGGUUACACCAAGGGACAGAGAAAUCAGCCCCACUUUCCAGGAGAGCAAACUGAGGGAAUUGAGGCUCAGGCCACAGUCUGGGGUCAGGGCCUCAGGAGCUGCUGCGGAAGCCUGAAGUCCCCACCUGGGGGGUGGAGGCAGAGUGGGAGAGCUGCGGCUUCCCAGAUGGUAGCAUGAUCCCCCAAAGGAAGCCUCGCCCCAGGUGUGCAGGGGGACACCUGUACAAGAGAGGCUAUGGUCUUGGGGCAGGGAGUGGUCCCAGGCCCACAAAAUAGGGGAAGAACACCCUCCCACCCCAGCCUCAAAAGCCAAGAGCACUGGGAUUCAAGGUGCCCUCCCCUUUGAUCUGUCCUUGCUUGGUGGCCUUGGCAUGUCACUCCUGGCCCCCAGCCUCCAUUUCCUCAUCUUUAAAUGGGCAUCGUGGCGCCACCUCCAGGAAUUGAGAGAAUCCCCUUAAAGUGCUUUGCUCCAGUGAGUGCCAGCGAUUGCUGCUGGCACACAGCCACAGCCCUGGCAUCGGGGCCUGUGCCUGGUGAUCUCAGACCUCUGUCUUCCCUGCCGGUGGCCCGGCCUGGACACCACCCACUCAGAGCCUCUCUGCAGGGGCCGGCCAGGGAGCCCACAAGACAGCCAUGCCCCUAGCCCGCCCCACUAACAAACAGCCUCCUCGCCUGCCCACUGUCCUCUGGCACUUUCCAGCCCUCUGGAGUCAGUGGCUGUGGCAGCAUGGCCCCGGGCUUUGCACUCGCCUUCCUCACUGCGCCACUGGUGGUGUGCGGGGACACAGAGGGCCUGCACCCCCAUUCCCGGACCCUGGCUGGGCUGGAGCUCGGAGAGGACCCAGAUGGCUGUGCCCCGUCUCAGUCCCGUCCGCUGUCUGCAGGCACCUGGUGCUACGACUCCCAGGACCCGAAGUGUGGCCCCACCCAUUGGAUGGAGAUGGCCUUGGCUUGUGGGGGCCCAGCCCAGUCCCCCAUCAACAUUGACCUUCACCUAGCCCAGCGGGACCCCACCCUGGGACCUUUCAUCUUCCAAGGCUACAACUCAGCACCUCCAGGCCCAUGGACCCUGGAAAAUGAUGGCCAUACAGAUGCACGUGCUCCACAUGAACACGAGGAGCAGGACACUGACAAGGCAACUUCUCCACCCUUGUAUCAGCCCUGAAGAACACGUCCCAGUGUGGGAUCUUGGUGAAUCUGGCACCCACCUUCCCGCGGGCCUCGCUGCUGCAGGAUGCCUCCGGCCUCUCCUGCUACCAUCGCUACUCAGGGUCGCUGACCACGCCCAGCUGCCAGCCUGCGGAUGUCUGGAUGGUCUUACAGGACAGGGUACCCAUCUUGCGCGCAAGUGGGCCCACCACCCCUUCCCUGGGCAGUGCGGCCCUCCCCCCUCCCUCCCUCCCUCCCUCCCGCAGCUGAGGGCAGCCCACGUCUUGACCUGUCUCUGCCACUAACCCUCAGGUGGCCCAGUUCCAGACUGUGCCCCAGGCCGGGCUCUCGGGCUCGAGCCCCGCACCGCUCAAGGAGAAUUUCCACCACAGCAGCCUCUCCAGGG